AAUUUAUGUAACUGUAUUUAUGUGUACCCGUACCUGAAUAAAGUUACUAAGAGAGACGUCUUUCUCAGGUGGAUGUUUUAGCUGACGUUACUGAAGGAGUGACUGGUAGCUGAGAGCUUUGUGUUACAAGGGAAGACGUCAGUAGCUGUGUAUGCUCUAGGCACUUAGUGAUAGUGUUUAUAGGGAUUGUAAGGAAACGUAAAGGUUUUUUUUAGCAGGUUGCAGCGAGCAGGCAGGCAGGCAGGCAGGCAGGCAGGCAGGCAGGUUGCGUGGUGGAUGUGCGCAGAGGUUAGCUGGUGUGGGAGCGGAAGCAACGAGCAGGGCAGGCGGAGUGAUUCUCUACCACCCACCUCAGUAUUGCCACGAAAAUACACACACAGCCACACGCUGUCGCAUCCUCAACCCUGCACGUACCUACGUGGACCUUACCUUCAUCCCUCAGCGCCCUAUAUUGUCGAAUCCGCGGCCCUCUGACGGUGCUCAAUAGCUACAGAAGUGCUGGGUAAGGUCGGGGGAUGUGGGGUGGUGUGCCUUGCGCUGAUGCGAAAUGGUAGGCAAAGAUGAACAGGGCUGUGCUGAAAGUCGGGUCUUCAUGGGGAACACAUGACAACCACUACCAGGAGUGUGUCCGCCUCUUGUUCUUUCUCUCACGGCCAGCUUGACCACCAAGGCAUCACCUCCUGUUGAUCUAUCAGUAACUACGAGACCCGAGGGUUGCAACGCUCUGGGCCCUAUUAAAAAUUUAUAUAUAUGUAUAUUUUGCCGUGUGCCCUUGCAACUGUGGUGAAGUGCAUGUUCAGUGUGUGUGUCGGGGAAAUAAACUGGCCAUGAACCGGUCAGGAAGCCUCUAGUGACCUUUACUUAAGAUGUGAAGUGAAUCUGUACAGACAAUCGAGCCUCCGCAUCUGUGGUCUGUGCUACUAGCCUCCCUUCUAGCCAUGAGUGCAGUGAAUCCAGUGUGUGGUUGUAGUGAACGUAGUAGUUGUAGUUGUGGUAGUACUCUGCAAACACUCUCACUAGCCACACCGUCAGAAAUCAAUCCCGGGCCGGCAAGGUCCCAGCACUCCCCGCUAUGGAGAUCACUCGCAGCCUCUCAUCUCCUGUGUGCUGUGAUGCUGUUUUCAGUGUUGGGCGUUGGGAUGAGUGCAACCUACCCGCCCUCACCAGAACCUUCCUUGACAGGCCUACAGUGCGACUUCGAGGAGGAGGGGGAGUGUGCCUGGGAGUGGCAGACUGACAUGCCUGGAGACAUACCCUUCAAACGAGUGACGGGACGUGAACUGAUGCAGCUAGCUAGCAAUGUCACUCCAGGUGACAUGACCGGUCUGGCCGUUGAUGCAGUUGGCAGUCAAGACGGACACUUCCUGUACCUGGGCGUUUUCCUGAGCUCCACCAACACCAACAACACCAGACAGAUCAAGUCACCUUGGCUGGAAGAGAGCGGGGAAAGGUGUCGCCUUGAGGCAGACUAUAACGUCUGGAAGAAGCACGACGUUUCGAACGUCAUCAAGGUGCUGCUGGAAAAUGGCAACUUCACCAGCAUCACCACAGUUGUCGACACUGUCAACCUUAACAAAACUAGUCCUGAGUGGAAGAGGUUAUCCUCGUACAUCGGAAAGAUCAACAAGCCCUUCCGUCUGGGCAUCGAGGUGAUGCUGGGAAGCCACAAGCCAACACAUGUAGCCAUUGACAACAUCAGAUUGGUGGAAUGUUUUGAGUCGACGGGUCCGUGCCAAGGAGUAAGAUGUACCACAGGUCAGUGUGUGCUGAGGGAUCACAUCUGUGACAUUACCAGGGACUGUCCCAACGGUGAGGACGAAGCAGUGUGUGAGUUCGAGCCUGAAGGGUCCCGCUGUGACUUCGAGAGUGGCUGGUGUGGCUGGCGAAAUAUCGAGGACGACCAGUUGGACUUCAAGAGACACAGAGGUCCCACCGAGAAAGAUCGAACCGGUCCCUCUCACGACCACACCUUCAAGAACCUCUCUGGCUGGUAUAUCCUGAGUGAGCUGCCUCAGAUUGGCAACUUGGGCGAUCAUGGUGUGAUUGAGUCCCCAUUUUUCAAUCCACCACCAUGUUACCAUGGCAACAGGGAGUCCCCAUACUUCCAGUCUUGUAAGCUGCGCCUGUACUUCCACAAGCUGGGUCGUAACCAAGGCAGCAUGAUCAUCAAGGCCUGGGAGGACGUGCCCAACAUGAAGGGUAAAGUCCACCACAUAGACCAGUUCACAGGAGACCAGGGCAAGGACUGGCAGCGACUUACACACACCUUGCCCACUGACAUACGCUACAGGUAUAAAAUUCUGGUAUCGAACGUGAGAGGUUCAAGGUUCAGAGGUGACAUGGGGUUCGACGACUUCUCCUUGUCACCAGAAUGCUUCGGCAGAGCGCCCACAGGUCCACCUGGGUCCAGCGACCCUUCCACCACCUACGAACCACACGAUGGUGUAGUGAUGGUGACGACGUGUGGCGCCACUGGCCAUGAAGGUCCUACACCUGAGGAGUGCCGUAACGAGUACCGUCACAGAGUACCGCCAGUGCCAGAGGCACUCACCUCCAACUCCCUCCCUGGUACUCAGAUCUGGAAAGUGCCCUAUGACGGCUAUUACACACUCUCAAAGUUUUACCAUUUAAAGUUCAAAUUAUCAAAGUUCAACAUUCAAAGUUCAACAUUCAAAGUUCAACACUCAAAGUUCAACACUCAAAGUUCAACAAAGUUCAACAUUCAAAGUUCAACAUUCACAGUUCAACAUUCAAAGUUCAACAUUCAAAGUUCAACAUUCAAAGAUCAGCAUUCAAAGUUCAACACUCAAAGUUCAACACUCAAAGUUCAACACUCAAAGUUCAACACUCAAAGUUCAACACUCAAAGUUCAACAUUCAAAGUUCAACAUUCAAAGUUCAACAUUCACAGUUCAACAUUCAAAGUUCAACAUUCAAAGAUCAGCAUUCAAAGUUCAAAAUGUCGAAAUGGAGGAAGAAAAGCCUAAGGCGCUGGUGGUUGCUGGGGGCGGCGCUGGACUUGCUUGGAUUUACACGGAGAUCACGAACAAGCAGGACGGACGUGGUGUCAAUGAGUCCUUGCCGGAGAGCCACGGACACGCCUUCCACAACAGCACCAGCAACGGAGCAGGUACGUGUUUGGGCUGGGCUCUAGCACUAAGACUCCUACUGUCACUACCACAGGGUGGGUGCAGGUGUGACCACGUGUGUGUACACCUGGACGAACACCUGCAGCGCUGGCAGUGCAUCUGUGACGACCAGUGGGUCCUUGAUACGGACGGCAACACCUGCAUCCCAGACUCUGGGGUGACCUUCCCGCAGACAGUCUACCUUAUCAUCAUAGUAAUGGGUAUUCUGCUCAUCAUUCUGAUAUCCACCACGUCUAUCUGCUGCUACAACAGGUACCAACGCAAGAAGUUUGACCUAAUGAGACGAGGUAUGUUCAGCGGGGGUCCUGAAAUUCAGCUGAGUGGACUCAGAGCGUCCUCAGGAGGUAUGGUGACUGAGUACAAUCCUAAUUACGAGUUCGGAGGCGGUACCUGUACGAUCAAGGACCUGAGGGAGAUACCACGAGAGAACCUGACGCUGGUUAAAGCGUUGGGUCAAGGCGCCUUCGGUGAGGUAUACCAGGGAUACCUCAAGAACUAUGCUGGCGACUCUGUAGAGAUGCCGGUGGCUGUCAAGACGCUGCCUGAGAUGUCCAGCAACCAGGCAGAAAUGGACUUCCUAAUGGAAGCGCUCAUCAUGUCCAAAUUCGCACAUCCCAAUAUCGUCCACUUCAUCGGUGUGUGCUUUAACAAGCUUCCACGCUUCAUAGUGCUGGAGCUGCUCUCUGGAGGCGAUCUUAAGAGCUUCCUGAGGGAAGCCAGGCCUAAGCCGGAUCGGCCGUCAGCGCUGACGAUGAGGGACCUGCUGACUUGCGCCAUGGAUGUGGCCAAGGGCUGUGAAUAUCUGGAAGAGAAACAUUUUAUCCACAGAGAUAUAGCGGCCAGGAAUUGUUUGUUGACUACCAAAGGUCCAGGAAGAGUAGUGAAGAUAGCAGACUUUGGUAUGGCCAGGGAUAUCUACAGAAACGACUACUACAGGAAAGGAGGUAAGGCUAUGCUUCCUGUCAAGUGGAUGCCACCGGAAGCCUUCCUGGACGGCAUCUUCACAUCCAAGACUGACAUCUGGUCCUUUGGGGUAUUGCUAUGGGAAGUCAUGUCUUUGGGGUACAUGCCGUACCCAGGUCGGGGCAACCAGGAAGUGAUGCAGCUGGUGACGAACGGAGGUCGCCUGGAACCCCCGACCAACUGUCCAGGACCUGUCUACCGCAUCAUGACACAGUGUUGGCAUCCCAUACCUGAUGAGAGACCUUCCUUCACUACCAUACUGGAGAGGCUGGGAUACUGUGUACAGGACCCUGAUGUUGUGAGUCACGUGUUGCCUGUGUUCCAGCGGCCGCCCUCAGCAGAAAGGGACGCUACGGUGAUGCGUCCGCUGGAUAACGACGCAUGUCUGACCGUCUCUAGACGCUGCGACGAACCCCAAAGCCCCGCCUCUACAGACUACCUGAUACCUUUACCCUCUUCGUAUUCCCUCUCCACUGUCCGCUCUGAACUCAACUCCACUCCCUCCAUAGACUCAGGCACCGACUGCUGCCAGAUGGAGCGGUUACUGGAGGCAGCUCCACCUCCACCUCCACCACCCACCUGGGAAACCAGCUUCACCAACGACCCCCGGCCAACCGUAGCGCUCCCCAGGACCAAGUCAGUACCCCCUCCUACAGCCAUGGUCUCUCGCACGCCCUCACACACGCCCUCAAGGAUGGCCGAGUCACAAUCCACACAGCCAUUGCUCAAGUCUUCUCCCCCUGACUCUCCGAGGUCUCAAGAGGUCCGUGAACGACUUAUGCGACCAGGUGAACGUGCCGAGCCCAAUCCCAUUCAACCUGGCUCCACAAGGCGUUCACAUCACUACCACCCUCACCGCUACAACAACAGCGGCAGUAGCAACAAUAGCAGCAGCAGCAGCAACAACAGUAGUGUCAGCAACAGCAGCAACACUGCGCACAGCAACAGCAGUGCCAGCACCCUGCCUCUGGACCCUGCCACUCUGCCAUGCAUUCCACCACCCCUGCAAUAUGUCAAUGUCCAGGUGAGGGGUUCGGAAUACGACCACGAACCGUACAUUAUCCACGAGACGCGAGAACACAGAGAAAUAUCUUGCUAAAGCUCUCCUCCUACUGGACACAUGCCCGUCUAACUCAACUGUCAAACUGUAGCUCUUGCUUUUCUCACUUUGAAAGCAAGCAGUGUGAGCUGUCUCACUCCCUGCUAGCAGGUGCUGCAAACAGCAGGAGUGGAGUCCUCUGCUUGAGACUCCUGACCCUCUCCGUGUCAAGAAACAAGUUGUUUCCACCGUGUCAAAAAGGAUUCAUUUUUUCCUAAAUGAACACUUAUGAGUGGCUAAUUAGGCCUAUUAUCGUAGGCCUACGAAGAAAGCCGCGAAGUGCCAAGGUAGAGAGAGGGGGGCGCUGCCCCCUCAGUGUUAUUAUAGGUGGCACUGAACUGCCACCAGCAACGAAAUUAUUCCUUCUGUGAUCUUGGAUUACACAUGUUGACAUACACAGUAUGAGAUGUAAGUGAAAGUAUUACAGUGCCAAAUAUAAGUCAAAACAGUAUUAGACAUUAGUGAAAGUACCAGCCAAAACUCUCAGAGAGAUGUCAGGUGACAUCUCCCUAAGUUUCCUAGACAAGAACAUCAACUAUUGAUGUCUUGAUAUUUCCGUGGAGACGUCAGUGCGAAAACUGAAAUAAUGUUUCACACACACACACACACACACACACACACACACACACACACACACACACACAAACACACAC